AUGGACGUCGCCCUCGAGAUACUCGACCCGUUGGUCUUUGACAAGGCCUACGCCUACUUCAACCCUGCCAAGAUAGCGCCGCUCAAUGGUUCGGCGCACUCGGCAUCAAUAGGAUACGGCGACUUCGCCUCGGGAUUGUCCGAUGCAUCCGCCAGUCAUGGCUCUGCAUGGGCGCGCGACAACAUUGUGCGCCAAUGCAUCUCUAUCCUAAUCAUCACCCAGAUCGGCGCGACGUCUCUGUACUGGAUUUUCAGCGCGCUAUCCUACUAUUUCAUUUUCGACCGCCGGCUAGAAUACCACCCGCGCUUCCUCAAAAACCAGAUCCGCCAGGAGAUCAUCUCAUCCAUGAACGCGGUGCCUUUCAUCAACAUCUUGACGCUUCCAUUCUUUCUGGCUGAGGUGCGCGGCAAGAGCAUGCUAUACACCGAUGUGAGCGAUUUUGGCUGGUCAUGGCUGCUCAUCUCCACCGUGCUGUUCAUGGUCUGGAACGACUUCAUGAUCUACUGGAUUCACCGGCUUGAGCACCACCCCAGCAUUUACAAGUACAUCCACAAGCCUCACCACAAGUGGAUUGUACCAACACCAUGGGCCGCCCUCGCCUUCCACCCGCUAGACGGCUACGUCCAGUCCCUGCCGUACCACGUCUUCGUCUUCAUCUGUCCCGUGCAAAAGUAUCUCUACUUCUUUCUGUUCGGGCUCGUGCAGAUCUGGACGAUCCUGAUCCACGACGGCGACAUGAUCUCGGGCCACUGGCUCGAGAAGUUCAUCAACAGCCCGGCCCACCACACCCUGCACCACAUGUACUUCACCGUCAACUACGGCCAGUACUUCACCUGGGCUGACAGCUACUUCGACUCCCACCGGGCACCCCAGCCCGAGCUCGACCCCCUGCACGACGCCCUGCGCGUCAUGCGCGAGAAGGGCCUCGUCGACGAGAAGGGCGAGCCCAUUCCCCAGCCGAAGAAGGGGAAGAAGGGCGCGAAGAGUGAAUGA